CUUCAGUUCAAAGAAGAAAAUGUUCAAAAGAGAAAGGAGAGAGAGGCAGAGGGCAGAACAUGAGACACCAACCCUUUCCUUUCCUCCCACUUUCUUUCUCCUCUUGAACCCAAAGAAGAAAACACAAAAAGUUGUUUCCUUCUUUUUCAUUUUCAUUGGGUGGGUCUAUAAAAAUUCCUCCAUUACUAGCUUUCAUUGAUUCUUUCCUUCCAUCCCAUCCCAUUCCAUAACACCAUACUCAUACUCCUCCCAUCACAACCCACAACUCCCUUUUCCACUAGUCUCUCUUUCAUUGGAGAAGUUCAUCCAUGGCGAUCUACACCUUCAGCUUCUUCCAUCUCCUCCUUGCAAUCCUCCCACUCAUGGUUCCACAUGCAACAGCAAACCUGGAAGGGGAUGCUCUGUUCGCACUGAGAAGAGCAGUGAAGGACCCAGGCCUCAAACUCCAGAGCUGGGAUCCAACCCUGGUCGAUCCUUGUACUUGGUUCCACGUCACCUGCGACUCCGACAACCGAAUCACCCGCCUGGACCUUGGGAAUGCGAAGCUGUCAGGAAAGCUAGUUCCAGAACUGGGGAAGUUGGAGCGGCUUCAAUACCUGGAGCUGUACAUGAAUGAGCUGAUGGGACCCAUACCAAAGGAGCUGGGCAACCUGAAGAGCUUACUGAGCUUGGAUCUCUACCACAAUAACUUGACUGGAUCCAUCCCUUCUUCCCUCUCUAAGCUCUCCAAUCUCAAGUUCCUAAGGCUGAAUGGGAACAGAUUGAGUGGAAGGAUUCCCAGGGAACUUACAAAGCUUGGAAGCCUGAAGAUACUAGAUGUGUCCAACAAUGACUUGUGUGGGACAAUCCCAACUGCAGGAUCCUUCUCCAAAUUCACUGAGGAAAGGUUCUGUAGUUUCUUACUGAUGCUUUUUUUUUGUGGUUACAGCAACUUUCUUUCUGGAGUUGUUUAACCAAUUACUGAGUUUCUUACUUUUGGACUUUGGAUGUUGGGCAGUUACAUGAACAACUCGAGGCUGGAAGGACCCGAGCUGAUGGGUUUUGUAAGAUAUGAUGCUGGAGGGAGCUGCUGAUACGAAGCGACUCGACCGACCAUGAAAGGGACUGACUGCAAAGUUUCUUGCUUUGGUAGUUCUUGGAGUUAUACAUUAUAAGAUUGAUGUGUCAUUUAUAGAAGGUUAUGAUGGUGGAAAGGUUAGAAUUUAGAGUGUGGUUUAGCUAGUACUAAGGUGUUGGGUGUUCAUUGUUCUGAUGUAUUGUUUUGUAGUAUGAAGGUAAAUAGAGCCAUUUCUGCUGAAUGAAUUGCUUCUUCAUUCCUAACAAGCCGAGUUCAGGUUCAAACAAGCAAGGCCAGAAGGUAUCUAACAGUAAACGAUGAGACGUUUAAUAAUUUGGAAGAGAUCGUCG